AUGGCAUCGCAACAUUCGGAAACUGUCCAUACCCCAGAGAAGUCACAAAGAAAUGUGCUAGUCGUGGGUGCAGGCCCAGUUGGGCUUGCUAUUGCGCUGAGACUUGCGCUAGCUGGUAUCGUGGCCGACGUGGUAAAAAAGGAAUCAAGGCUAGGUGAGGAACCGCGUGCUGUGGCUUAUUACGCGAGCGCACUGAUUACCCUGGAUAAGAUGGGGGUGAUACCGGAUAUAGAGAAGGCAGGGUUUUUUUUUUCAGAGGGAUUUUGCUGGCGUAAGCUGAUCCGCAACGAUGGACAGGGAGGUUACACAAUGGGUGACAUGAUCGCUCGUUUGUCUAUUCCUCGAGAUACAAAAGAGCCCCAUGAUGUCGGUGGCAUCUUGUAUCUGCCGCAGAGAGAGCUGACCAAGUUGUUGUUCGAGAAAGCAACCGCAACGGGCUUGGUUACUGUGUAUUUUGAAGAGACCCUGGUAGAAAUUGAGCAGAAUGCUUCAGGCGUCGACGCCACGACCAGGAGAGGCGAUACCGAGACAAUAUUCCAAGCAUCAUAUCUAGUGGGUGCUGAUGGCGGCCAGUCGACUACCAGGAAGCUUUUGGAUAUUCCUCUGAAAGGACACAGCUGGUCAGAGAAACUAAUAUCCAUCGACUUGCUAUUCGAGGAUCCAAAUCUCGACACUAAGUUCCCAACCCAGUUCAUUGUGCACCCGAUAUACUGGGGUAUUAUCACUCCAUUUAAACCCGUUGAAGCUGGAAAACGGACCUUAGACCGAUGUGCUAUCAGCUUGAACCCAGAAGAUCAGACGCCACCCAUGGGUGGUAUCGGACUUUCAACAGGACUGAUUGACUCGGAAGCUCUAUGCGAUAUCCUCGAGAUGGUUAUUCUUGAAGGGGAGUCGUCCGACCUGCUGGACAUAUAUGCGAACGAGAGGGAAAAGGCAUUUCAGAUAGUCGUUGAUCCUCAGAGCAAGCAGAAUAAACUUCGAGUCCAAAGUGACCCCGACUUCGCCCACGAGAAUUGGUUGCUCCGUCAACUGAACAGUGCAUCUCCCAAGUUUUUGGAAGAGAUUGGAUUGCCAUUUUUCCAGCAGUGGAGAGUGGAUAUGAAGGAGAUAGUCUCACAUUUAUCGUACUGUUCUUUUGUUUUCCCCAAGUUUAUCCAAUGUCACACAUCACCGCGCUUGUCUUCAGACUGUAAGCUGAUCCCCGCUAUAAUUUGA